AUGCAUGUCAAGCCCGUUAGCUCUACGCAUGCCUUUGGCUUUGGCACUAAUGAAAAUUAUCUUGGUCCAAUUGGUGGUGCAUCUCAGUCUGUUCACAACUCUCAACCAUAUUUUCAAGAUGAGGGGGAUUUUCAACCCAAACAACCAGAACAACCAAAUGUUCAAACUCAAAUUCUUGCAGCCAUAACUACGUUGAAUGGGUUAUGUGACGUCUUUGCUCAGCGAGUGGGUAAAGUUGAAGCCGAUAUUUCUGAAAUUAAACAGGAUAUUAUGGCUAUUAAAAAGGUUUUUCUUCCAUCUACUUCCACUACAAUUCCAUCAUCAGGUGCACCGCCUCCUCCUCAUCCACCACCACCAUCAAAUGAUCAAUAG